AUGGAAGCAGCAAGCUGGGUAGCUAUCCAGGUUUUGACCCCGCCAACCAAUGGUCCCAACACAACUGAACUUGCUAUUUGGCGUCCUCCAACAGAACACGGGAGUGACACAUCGAGAAGGAAGCGUGAGAAGGCUCAGCUCGUUCGGAAAAUCCUCAAGAAAAUGAACAGGAUAACUGCAAGAAGAGUGAUAGUCAACAUUCCUGCCUUGAAAUGGGCACAAAAAACGCUAUGUAGUGGUACAAGUGCCAAGUUACCUGGUACCAAUGGCAAUCCAGUUAUUAGGGAUACCGUCGACAAGAACGGAUUCAAUAAUAAUCUUCCUGUGCAUGAUGUGGCGAUUGUUGGAGGUGGCAUGGUUGGCAUGGCUUUAGCUUGUUCUCUGGCACACCAGCCAUUGACAAGGCAGCUAAAUAUUGCCAUUAUUGACAGCAAUCCAGCAUUACUUAGUGGCAGUUGCAUCAAGAAAGAGGAUGCUCCGGAUCCACGAGUUAGCACAGUUACACCAGCGUCUAUAUGUUUUUUCAAAGAUAUUGGUGCAUGGAAAUAUGUUGAACAGAAUCGACAUGCUUACUUUGACAAGAUGCAGGUUUGGGAUUACUCUGGUCUUGGGUAUACAAGGUACAGUGCGAGAGACAUUAACAAAGAAGUAUUAGGGUGUGUGGUGGAGAACAAAGUGCUUCAUCAAUCUCUGUUAUCAAGCCUACAGGAUGCAGCUUUCCUGCAAAAAAUAUAUCCUGACAGAUUAAGCUCGAUUACCAUGCAACCAAGCUCUUCAUCAAGUCCUCAUGGAUCAUUAGUUAAGCUGGAACUAAGUGAUGGGAAUAGCUUGUAUGCAAAAUUAGUGGUUGGAGCAGAUGGAUCCAAGUCACGUGUUAAGGAGCUUGCCGCUAUAAAUUCAACCAGAUGGAAAUAUUCCCAGAAUGCAAUCAUAUGUAUUGUAGAGCAUACUGAGGAAAAUCGAUGUGCUUGGCAACGUUUUUUGCCUAAUGGUCCAAUUGCACUUCUCCCAACAGGUGAUAAAUUCAGCAAUAUCGUCUGGACAAUGAAUCCUGAAGAGUCCUCGAACCGUAAGUCAAUGUCUGAGUCUGACUUUUUGAUGGAAGUAAAUCGCGCGCUUGAUAAUGGCUACAGUCAUCACCCGAAAUCCCGACUGUCGGGUCCAUUCUCUUGGCUAACGGCAGAUACAACACCCUCGGCCAGCGAGUGCUUUGUGGUCCCACCGAAAGUGACCAAAUUAGCAUCUGAGAGAAUGGUUUUCCCUUUGUCUCUACAUCACGCUAAUUCUUAUGCAUCAAAUCGUGUUGUUCUUAUCGGUGAUGCUGCACAUACUGUUCAUCCUUUGGCUGGUCAAGGAGUCAACAUGGGAUUUGGAGACGCACUUUGUCUGUCGAAGGUUAUUGCUGAAGGCAUUGCUGUUGGAUAUGAUAUCGGGGAGCUCACGCUCCUUAGAAGAUACGAGUCAGAAAGGAAACCUGCAAACUUGGCUAUGAUGGCAAUCUUGGAUGGCUUUCAGAAGGCUUACUCUGUUGAUUUUGGACCGUUUAAUGCUCUGCGUGCUGCUGCAUUCCAAGGAGCCAAUUUCAUUUCGCCUUUGAAGAGAUACAUCAUCUCGUAUGCUUCGGGUGAGCAGAGAUUCCCACUUUUUGCAUGACUCAUGUGAUCGUUGGAAUUAAUUUUGUUUUCGUUUGUGAAUUAUAUGAUUGUUAAGACAGUUCUAAACAUAAUCGAUGGUGCCUGUUAAGUAUUUCUUGAAUCCUUUGUGUGAUUCUCGUGUAGCUAACGUUGUUUUAUAAGAUUCCUUUUGGGAGCAUACCAAUUAUCUGCUUGUUAACAUCUCUGUAGUUGUUGUAACAAAAUUGGUUGUGUAUCGAUUUUACAGUUCCAUUUUUCAUAAGUGAAAGACUUGGAAGAUUCUCAAAAUUGUGAAUGAGAAUUUAAUUUCAAGUUGUAUAUGUGGGAAAAUGUAAGGUUGAAACAAUUGAAUUUAAGUAACUCAAAUAUUAUUGAAUUCACAAAA